CGUGGUACCGGCUUCGUUUGCGUUUUUUUUUAUUUUACACACAAAAUUCUCAAAUUGCCGCGGUUAUUUUUCUUGUUAGGUUAACUUUGUACAUGUGCCCAUGAUAAAUACUGAAUAUUAGGAAUAGCGGAACGACGAGAAAAAAUAAAUUCUCAAGUUGGCAAUGAUGUGCGCACAUCGACACAUUAUCGAUGUCGACACGACAAUUGCACAUUGAUGCAAAAACCACACACAGUGCAUUUAAUUUCAAUAUACGAUGUUCUGUUAUUGCAUCAAGUUACUCAAUUCUAUAUAUGAUUUUAUCUUGAUCUAUAGUCCAAAUACAUUUUCCUUAUUCAAUAAACAAUUUAAAUUUGAAAAUUAAUACACGCGUUCAUUUUUAAUAAAACAAAAUUUAUAGAAUAAAAAAAAAGUCGAAUAUUUCCUAACCUAAAAAAAAAAAAUUUUGAAAGGUUAGAAAUAAUUUAAGAAUUUAAAAUUUUUUUUAAAUUGUUUAAAUUUAUAAAUAAAUAGUACAAUUAAAAUUUUUUCAUAUAGGGUUUUAAUUUUUUUCAAUUAUAUAACUUUUUCGAAUAUUUCGACAGUCGAAAGGUUAAAAGUCGGUCAUUAUUAUCUCUCCCUCUCUCUCUCUCACUCCUUCAUGUUGCGAAAAAAAUUAUAUAUACAAUAAAGGUAAGAAUAGUGUUAGAGAAAAAUUGUAGUGCAAGAAAAGUGUAUAGAAAAAAUAAGGUAAAUUAUGACAGAAACUAUUUGGAAAAAUGGACCAUUCAUUGGUGCUAUUGAUGAAGGGACAAGCAGUGCCAGAUUUUUGAUUUUUGAUGUUUUACGAAGAAAAGUUGUGGUUUCACAUCAAAUAGAAAUAAAACAAAAAUAUCCCCAAGAAGGAUGGGUCGAGCAAGAUCCAAAAGAAAUUCUUCAAGCAGUCAUGGACUGUAUAGUACAGACCAUGGAUAAAUUAAAAGAUGUCGGUUUAUGUAAAUCAGACAUUAAAGCCAUUGGAAUUACAAAUCAACGUGAAACAACUCUUGUUUGGGAUAAAAAUACCGGGGAACCUUUACACAAUGCAAUUGUUUGGCUCGACAUGAGAACAACGACAACAAUGGAGGAUGUUCUUGAUAAAAUUCCAAAUAAAUCGAGAAAUAAAAAUUAUUUAAAGCCUAUUUGUGGAUUGCCAAUGUCACCAUAUUUUAGUGCUCUUAAAAUUCGUUGGCUCAUUGAUAAUGUGCCAAAAAUAAGACAGGCUGUUCAAAAUGAGACUUGUGCCUUUGGAACAGUCGAUACUUGGCUAAUUUGGAAUCUCACUCAGGGAAAAUUGCAUGCAACGGACGUAUCAAAUGCGUCACGUACAAUGUUAAUGAAUAUUGAAACACUAAAAUGGGAUCCAUUACUUUGUAAAUUUUUUGAAAUACCACAACAUAUUUUACCUGAAAUACGUUCCAGUGCAGAAAUUUACGCUCCAAUCACUAAUCCUGAGGUGUUAGCUGGAAUUCCAAUUUCAGGCUGCGUGGGAGAUCAACAAGGAGCUUUGCUAGGACAAUUGUGUCUAAAACCUGGACAAGCAAAAGCAACAUAUGGAACUGGAUGUUUUCUGCUUUACAAUACUGGAAAUGUGAAAGUGGAUUCAAAUCACGGUUUGAUAACAACAGUGGCUUAUAAAUUGGGAAAGAAUCCGGCAAUUUAUGCACUUGAGGGUUCAGUUGCAGUUGCUGGUGCUGCCUUAUCAUGGUUACGUGAUAAUAUGCAAAUGUUAAGCAGUAUCACACAAUCCCAAGAUUUAGCUGAACGAGUUCGUUGCUCCGGUGAUGUUUAUUUUGUUCCGGCAUUUUCUGGAUUGUACGCACCCUAUUGGCAACAAGACGCACGAGGUGUAAUUUGUGGAAUUACGGAAGAUACACAACAAUAUCAUAUUAUUCGAGCGGCAUUAGAAGCCGUUUGUUUUCAAACACGUGAUAUACUCGAGGCAAUGGUGAAAGACUCGGGAACAAAAUUGUCAACAUUACAAGUUGAUGGCGGUAUGACUGUUAAUGAUUUACUUAUGCAAUUACAGGCAGACAUCACGGGAAUUCACGUCGUGCGUCCAAAAAUGUUUGAAACAACAGCAUUGGGCGCGGCAAUGUUGGCAGGAAUUGGGGCAAAUCUCAUAGAAAUAAGUGAUAUCGAUGCAUCGCAAAUUACAAAAUUUUCCCCACAAAUUGGAGAAAAUGAACGAGAUUUGCGUUAUUCAAAAUGGAAAGCAGCAGUUGAACGUUCAAUGAAUUGGGAUACGACAACAGCUCCUGUUCACGAUAGUUAAAUAAAUAAAAAACAAAUUUUCUCUCGUUUUAAUCUAGAUAAGAAAAAAAAAUGUUAUCGUUAAAGAUAAAAAAAAGAAUUUCUAGAAAUUC